GAAGCCAAAACCGCGUCGCGCGUCGGCGUCAUCCAUCACCCCUCACCCGUGCCCGCGCAGGCCCGUCGUCACACACCGCCUCUCCCGCCCGCCUCCACAGCCACGUCGGUUUCGCCUCGUCUAACAAGUCGUCGUCGUCGUCCGCGCGUCCGUCCGGGGAAAGCAAAUUCACGCGCGCGCGCCACCGCCCGAUCGAGAUCCGCCGAUGUCCAAGUCCGUCCCGGCCGACGCGCCGGCGCCGGAAGCGGCCGCCGUCGAUGGCGUCAGCGAGCAGCACGAGCCGGCCGGCGGCGGCGGCGGGGUGAGGUCGAUGGUGGAGCGGUGGAAGAUGGAGGGCACGACGGCGCGGGCGCGGCUGCUGCUCCGGGCGCUCGCGUGGCUCUUCUCCCUCCUCGCCCUCGUCGUCAUGGCGUCCAACCAGCACGGCGGCAGCCAAGACUUCCGCCAGUACCCCGAGUACAACUACUGCCUGGGCAUCUCGAUCGUGGCGUGGCUGUACGCCACGGCGCAGGUCCUGCGCGACGCCCACCGGCUCGGCUCCGGGCGGGACCUGAUCGGGACGAGGAAGGCGUCGGCCCUCGUCGACUUCGCCGGAGACCAGGUCGUCGCUUACUUCUUGAUAUCGGCCAUGUCCGCGGCGGCGCCGGUGACGGACUACAUGCGCCAGAAAGCGGACAACCUGUUCACCGACUCGGCGGCGGCAGCCGUCAGCAUGGCGUUCUUCGCCUUCCUGGCCAUCGGCCUCUCUGCUCUCGUCUCCGGGUACAGCCUUUCCAUGGAAGUCCUUGUAUAGCCUCCUGCACAUACAAUUAUCGCUUCUUUCUCCUGUGUCACAAUGUCACAUUACAUGAUUACAACAGUCUGCAUAUAUACACCUACAAUUGUUUCGUGAUCGUUGAUUAAUAAAUAGGUUAAUAUUUUUGUAACUUAUGGUCUGUGCGGGAAUCGAUGAUGCCAUAAUCAUCAUCAGUAGAUAGAGCUGCUUGAUUAAACUGUUUAAUUUACAUAGACCUGAAGAAUAUGCAUGCUUUCCUCGGAUCAUGUUCCCCAGAACAGCCUUUGCUGCUGGGAGAGGCAAGUAUACCAAUAAUCGGUCGAAAGAAUAAGAGAAGAAUGUGUAAAAGAAAGAUUAUGAGCAUAUACUAUACAGACGACUACCAUUGCUAACCAAAAAUUGACAUGGCUGUGCAACCCCAACAUGUAGACAAUGUCCUUGAUGAAUUGGCAUCUUUCUGCGUGGCAAAGAACACCAUGAGGGCAAAAGAUGGGCAUCUAUGAGUCACUCCAACUAUCUGCGUCUUCGUCAUCACUUCCCACUGCCUGUUCCGGAUGAUGAACAAGACAGUUAGUAAAAGGGCAAUAUUAAAAUCGAAAUGGAAGUUACUUCGUCGUAGAAAGAAGUGGAGUUAACUGCAGAGAGACUACCUGUCGGAUGGCAUUUGCCUUCUCUAUGAUUGCAGCCACCUUCAAGUUUCUAGUAUUGGCUCUAGCAGCAGAUCCCAUGGCUAUUGGCUUAGCAGGAGCCACUGGUUUCAGGCUGAAGGUCUGAUCGAAAAGCAAACAUCAAACAAGUUAGAUUGAAAGCACAAUUGUUUUAGUUUUUGUUAAUGGACAAAGCAUUUUUGUUCUCCGACCUUGCUUCUUAUCUGUUCUAGCAACAGGUUUCUCUCAUUGGCCUUCGGCUUGUCAGUUGAUGGCGCAAGCUCUGAAACCUUUCGCAUCUGCAACAGUAUAGGUUGCGUUAGAUUAGUUACAGGAAUCAUGGCUACACACAGAGAAAAAAAAUUAAGGAUGGAGGCAACGUACCGAGCUUCUAUCAUGAGCAGCAACAGCAUCAACCAGUGGAUUCCUUGGGAUGUUUUUUAUCGAAAUAGGCUUCUUGAUUAAAUGAUUAUCGGUGAUAUUUGG